AGCUCAGUACAUGUAUAAAGUUCACUCUAUAAACUUCUUUGUUACUAGCAGCAGUGAUAUAUGCUACCUGGAAAUAUGUGUCCCAGUCUUCGGCCCUCCUGUCUGAGUUGGCAUGUUCUGCCUAUUAAUUGCACCAUAUCGCCAGUAAACAACAGCGGCCAAUUUUGGAAGUAAAAGACAAACGGCGGUUUGAGUGACAACUGUGCACUAUUUUUGGACACUAUUUUCUGUCAGUUAUAUCCGAUAUAAUGUAAACGAUGACAUAAUGCAUGUCAUACUGUACUUCAGACUGCUUGGUAAAAAUAGGCUUUUAGUAACUGGUUCCAUUUAAAGGCUGUUGCCAAUUUCAGAUUAAUCGUGUUUGCCACAAACACACCGCCAACUUCUCUGUUGUGGACAAAUAAAAUGCCAAAAUUAAGGAUGUGAUGUGAGGAUUGAGUCUACCACAAAGAUAAAGAAAUAUGGGUGUCAGUCUCACAACUAUAGACAAUCAGGUGUAUGCUGAAUAUUUGGCCAAUAAAUUAGUUGUGAAAACUGGUAAGCCUACAUAAAGACAGUCUUCAAGGUUUUUAACACACUGACAAAGCUUAUGAAUCGAAUUGCUGUACGUUUAAUUUUAUUUUGAUAACAUUUUGUUGUCUGGAUGAUAAACGGCUUGGAAUGCCUUUUCAGAUUUGUUUUUAAAGCAUCCAGGCAAAACUCUGUGAACAAGUGUAUUACACAUUGUUUUUGUCUUAAUGUAGUUUGAUGUCAAAACUUUUUAUUGAAAUACAAAAUUAAAAUUUCCAAACUGAACUUUUGUACUAAAAUAAUUGUUGCUUUUGUAGCCAGAUGGGUCUCUGUUUUAUAUGGUACUUUAAAUAUGGCAAUUUAGGCGGGGUUCACUGCAUUUAGUGGCGAGCCCACAUUCUCUGCCCCACCAAGUCCUGUGUCUGUUUGCUCUCUUCGCUUGAAAGCUGAAUCUCUGGAAGCUGUUUUAUUUCUUCAAAACUGUGUAUCUCAUAAAUGUCACCUACUCUGAUAAUACCUCCCACAUCAUCUACAGAAGAUACAGCAAGUUCUUUGACCUACAGAUGCAGAUACUUGACAAGUUUCCAAUUGAGGGUGGGCAAAAAGACCCCAAGAAGAGGAUUAUCCCCUUUCUCCCAGGCAAAAUUCUCUUCCGAAGGAGUCAUGUGCGAGAUGUGGCCAUGAAGCGACUGCGUUUCAUUGACGACUACUGCAGGGCACUUAUACGACUCCCGCCUCAAAUCUCACAGAGUGAAGAGGUACUACGCUUCUUUGAGACAAAAGCCGAGGACCUAAACCCCCCUGUGGAGGACUAUGGCUCCAAGCGGAAGUCGGUAUGGAUGUACGGCAUUACCGACAGCCAGAGGAAAGAGGCGUCAGGGAUUGAUAGCUUGGAGCCCAUGGUACUGGAGCAGUAUGUAGCUGUGGCCAACUACGAGAGACAGGAGAACUCUGAGAUCAGCCUCAAGGCUGGUGAGACAGUGGACGUGAUUGAGAAGAGCGAAAGUGGUUGGUGGUUUGUCAGCACAGCAGAGGAGCAGGGCUGGGUUCCCGCCACAUACCUUGACUCCCAAAGUGGAACCAGAGACGAUUUGGAUUUAGGUACCUCCAGGACAGGAGAGGUAACUAAAAGACGCAAGGCCCAUCUGAAGAGGCUGGAUCGACGCUGGACACUCGGGGGUAUUGUCAACCGCCAACAGAGUAGAGAGGAGAAAUAUGUAACAAUACAGCCAUAUACCAGUCAAGGAAAGGAUGAAGUCAGUUUUGAGAAAGGAGUCACAGUGGAGGUUCUUCAAAAGAACCUAGAAGGCUGGUGGUACAUCAGAUAUUUAGAGAAAGAAGGCUGGGCCCCUGCCUCCUACUUAAAAAAGCUAAAAGAAGACUUCUCCUCUCGUAAGAAGACGCUGUCAGGCCCCGUGGAAAUCAUUGGCAACAUCAUGGAGAUCAGCAGUCUUUUACAAAAGAAAUCAGUCAGUGAAAAGGACAUCCAGACAGAUGGCGAGGGUAGCACAACACCGGAGCGCCACAUCUCCAAGAGUGAAAUCAGCUUGCCCAUGCCCUUUAGCUCUGAGAUAAAUGCUGAGACAGGCAGGAGGCUGAGCGCAGGCCGUGAUACAAACAGUCCAUGUCUGGGAAUAGCAGCAGCGAGCUCUGCCCGAAACGAAACCAAAGCGAGAGGCGAACCAGGGUCCCCAGCUGUUGCCAGAGUAGCACCACAUAGAGUUGAAAUUGGGUCUCCCAAUCUGAGACAAAAACCUCCUCCAAGGAGAGAGACCAAUUUGGGGUUGCAGUUGCCUAAGCCACCAGAGCCGCCUGCUGUGGAAGCAGAAUAUUACACCAUUGCAGAUUUCCAGUCCUCCAUUUCGGAUGGUAUCAGCUUCCGCGGAGGACAAAAGGCUGAUGUAAUAGAGAAGAACCCUGGAGGUUGGUGGUAUGUGCAGAUUGGAGAGAUGGAGGGCUGGGCACCAUGCUCCUACAUCGACAAACGCAAGAAGCCAAACCUCAGCCGUCGAACCAGCACUCUGACCAGGCCCAAAGUCCCACCCCCAGCCCCACCUGUGAAAAAGCAUGAUUCUGAGGAGGGUCCCCCUCCUACCACAUCCACUCCUAAAGUAACAGAUUCACUAAAAAGAUCUGUGUAUGAGGAACCUGAAUAUGAUGUUCCUGCAAUUGGCUGUGAAGGUGAAUUGGAUACAGAUCCUCUCAAAGAUGAGCAUUCCCUGGAUGUUAAGAUUAGCAAUGUAGUCAGCAACAAGUAUUGCAGUUCCCCACCUUCAAGUAAAGCUUCCCCUCCUGUCUGCAAAGAAUCACCAGUUUUCACCCAUCGACGGGCUUCAUUUAGAUCUGUCAAAGAAGUUACUAAAGAGGAAUGUAUCUAUGAAAAUGAUAGCUUUUGCUCUAAUAGUGGGAUUGAAGGAAAAACAGUUGAAGUGUCCAAUGAACCCAACUCGCCAAGGACCUACCAUUCCUCUACAGUUCCUCGCAAACCCUCUGGAUCUUCACCGUUGCCUGGUCAGCCCACAAAAACAAUGACCCCAGAGAUGAAUAAGAGAAGCCAGACUCUCGGUAGACAUAUAGAUAUCCACUUUCGGUCCCAGGAGAACAGUCCCUAUUCCUCAUCAGAUGAUUUGAAUCGAGGCGCCAAGAAAUGCACAGGCGUUAGCGGGGCUGUGGAGCAGAGAAUAGGUCAGAGCCCCUCUACUAGACCAAAGCCCUCUGUCAGACCUAAACCACUCCUGACUAAAUCAGAACCCCAGAGUCCUGAGAGGAUGGACAUCAGCUCGCUGAGACGCCAGCUGAGGCCCACAAGUCACUUGCGACUUGGACCCAAGCCUUCUCGAGAAGACUCGGAAACAGCCUCUGUUAUAUCAUCCGAGGAAUCUAUGUGUUCACGCAGUACAUCAGAUCUUUCAUCUGUUUACUCCAAAAGUAGUUACGGAGACUCUGACGUAGAAGGAUCUUGUCUCUUCCACUCCCUUGAUGCCUACAAGAAAGUCCAAGAGUGUGAGAUCAGCUUUCCAGCAGGGGUGGAGGUUGAGGUUCUGGACAAGCAAGAGAGCGGCUGGUGGUAUGUGCGCUGGGGCUCUGAGGAGGGUUGGGCUCCCUCAUACUUUCUGGAACCUGUCAAGCGUGUGGGUGAUGCUGCAAGAUGGGAAUCAGAUGGACAUGGUAGUGCUGGUAGUAAGUCCAAUAGCCUUGAGAAAAAUGAAAAGCAUGUUACGGCUCUAAAUAAUAUCAAUAUUCAGAGUCUGACUCAGCAGCAUCAAGGAUUGAGAAGGAGCACUCCACCAAUUCCUUCCAAGCCUCCUGGUGGCUUCUCAAAGCCAUCUGGGAUGGUUAAUGGAAGUGUGCGGAUGAGGAAUGGGGUACGCCAAGUGGCAGUGAGGCCCCAGUCUGUAUUUGUAACAUCAACACAGCCAGCUAAGGAUACACAUUACAUGACAGGAUCCCUGAGACGAAAUGACUCACUUGGCAGGAGUGAUCACUAUGGCUCUGGUUCUGCCACGCUCGGUGUCCGCCGAAACGCCUCCUUCAGCACUGUGCGGCCACAUGUGGUCGUCGAAAGUCAGACAAGACCUGCUGAAUGCUCUAACCUGGGAUCCUCUGUGACCGGAUUCAGCUCAAGCAAUGUCCAGGAUCCCCUUGGCAGAUUUAGCCAGCGCAAUGGUAUCCCUGUGUCCACGGUGCGUCCUAAACCCAUAGAGAAAAGCCAGCUGAUCAAAAAUAACCUUGGCAGGGAUGUGUAUGUGUCCAUCGCUGAUUACCGAGGUGAUGACGAAACUAUGGGUUUCACUGAGGGCACCUGUUUGGAGGUGUUGGAGAGAAACCCCAAUGGUUGGUGGUACUGCCAGGUGCAGGACAGCCUGCUUCCCCGUAAAGGCUGGGUGCCAUCUAACUACCUUGAGCGGAAAAAAUAAAAGCCACACAUAUUCACUUCACUAACACCUUUUCUUUUUGAUCUCCUUGAGGAAUUGGGUGACAUCAUACCUUAAGAAUGUUACCCACAGUCUGCCACAAGCAAUACAAUACAGCCUUGAAUAUAUAAUUAUUGAGGAAUGACUGCAAUCUGAGACAGAAGGACACAUGAAGUUCUGGUUUACUGAGGAGUGUUUUACCUGGGAGAGAAAGUGAAAACGAAGGAUUGACCAUAUUUGACGAGGACCACCUUCUUCAAACAUGGUAUGAAAGGCGGUUUUCUAUAUUUCCAUCACAGGCUGUGAUGGGUGAUAAGUGCCUUUUUGUAUUUCAUCUGAAUGGAAGUACGAAUUGGUGGAGAGAAAACUGUUAACGCCAACCAAAUCUUUCAAAUGUGCCAUAAAUCUGUGAACACCACCAUUUAGUGGCUCCAACAUAAAGGUGAAACCAUUGUUUGAAUCGAGAGUGUUAAAUGGUUAAGGCUCAUAAUGAAGACAGGCACGUUAGAUUGGCUGAGAAUGUUUGUCACUUCAAGUUCCAUUGAUCAAGCAAAGAAAAAUCUCUUUUUUGUUGGUGUUGUUUUGUUUGUUUAAUGUCUUGGGUUGAUGACUUCCUUAGAUAAUUAUUUCUGCUUUCUUGUGACAUCUCUUAUCUACCAACAGCUUAUAAAAGUAAAAAAGCUCGUUCAACAUUCUUCAAUUUUUGACAAUUAAAAAAUACGUAAUAGUAUAAUUAGUCACAAAGUGCGUAGUCAAUAAUCCGUUUUUAUUCCAAAUAUUUUGGUCCAGGUAAAAUAAACGUGCAAAAACAUCAAAACAUCUAAUAUAUAAAAUUACGAAUUAAUCAAUGAGUAAUAAAUGGACUGUAAAGACUCAAAACCGAUUAUUACUUUGCAGAAUAGAGCCAACUUUGUUUGGGGUAGUGCAUAUCCUAAAGAAAAACAAUUAUUUCAUAAAUACUACAGUUACGUUUGUUUUACUAUCUUGGUUCCAGUUACUAUCAAUUUCAUCGCUCCCAUUAUAGUACUGUUGUGCAAAUGCAUUAAAAAAGGACACCAUUGAAAUAAUUGAAUGGUGGGCGACUGGUUAGCACAUCUGCCUACAGUUCUGAGGACCGGGGUUCAAAUCCCGGCCCCGCCAGUGUUACAUGUCCCCCCCCCCCCCCCCCCCGUGCCUGCGUGGGUUUCCUCCCACAUCCACAAAACAUGCAUGGUAGGUUAAUUUAAGUCUCUAAAUUGCCCGGAGGUGUGAAUGUGAGUGUGAAUGGUUGUUUGUUUAUAUGUCCCCUGCGAUUGGCUGGCAACCAGUUCAUGGUGAACCCCGCCUCCAGCCCGAAGAUAGCUGGGAUAGGCUCCGGUACGCCCGCGAUCCAAGUGAGGAGAAACGGUACAGAAAAUGGAAUAGUGAUAUAUGCAUAUAAGGUAUGCCCUUUCAUUACAUUUCACCCAAAAUGUGAUCGCACCAUGUUUUAUUUAUUAAUGGUACAAGUAAUCAAGCCGUGCUUACCUUGUCACCUUUUAAUUUUUUGCAUAAACUGUAUAAUAUCCUCAGAAAUAAUUGGAAAUGUACCAAACGUAUGGGAUUCCAAAGUAAUUAAAAAACAUUUAUUUGCCAACUUAGAUAUUGCAAUUUAAAAGAAAAAAACAGCAUUUGCAGCAAUAUUGGCACCCCUCCUGAAUAUUAGGUUGCACAGCCUUUGGCAGUGAUGACGGCUUCCAAAAAUGUCUUGUAUCCAUCUGUAAGCUUUUUGCACUUCUUAGAUGCCAUUUUCUCCUACUCUUCUUUUGCAAUUUGUUUAAGCUCUUGAACAGUUACAGGGUUCUUUUCCCUAAUGGCAGAUUUCAGCUGCACCCAAAGAUUUUCAAUUGGAUUGAGAUCAGGACUCAUUGCUGGCCAUUUUAAAACUGUCAAUGUUUUCCUUUUCAACCAUUCCUCUGUGCUUUCGGAUGUGUGCUUUGGGUCUUGUCAUGCUGGAAGACCCAUGUGCCUCAAACCGAGUUUGAAACCAACUUGUUGUUUAACAAUUUUGAACAGGAAUGAGGAAUUUCAAACUUAGUUCACUUUUUUUACAGCCAAAUUGUAGCUGGGGAAAUUAAUCAAGUAUUGAACGACAAUUUUUUUCUUCUUCUGUUCAGUAAUGUAAUACCAAAUUCAUAUCAUAAUCAUAAAUUAUAAUUUGCUUUACUAUUCCGCCUGAAAAAUAAGGGAUAACGCGAACAAUUAAAAGCAUUAACUCAUUGAAAUAUAAUUUCGGAUAAAGAGCUUCUACAUACUGGUCUUAACUAUUACAGAAACACAAUAUGUGUAUAAUAUUACAACAUAAUGUGUUAAGCACUCUACAUGAAUCUUAGCAUAUUGUACCAUUAGAAAUUAUAUUAAUAAUAUAUAUAUAUAUUUUUUUUAAAACAAUAGCAAAUAAGAUUUUAGACAUUUUACACAGUUUUUACAACUCAAACGGCUGAUGUUCAAGACUGCUGAAAUACAUUUUCUAAUGAAAAGUUCUAACUUUAUUAUUUGUUUUCUGCUGGACAGUAAUAUAUAUAUAUAUUAAGUACCCUAUCUGCUAGAUCGCAGUAAUCUGUUUUGGCAAAACCAUGUAUGUUUUAUUUGAAUUUAAAUGUGAUUGCACAAUUACAGUAAUGAGGAAUGAAGUGGUUCUGUUUUGUUGAUUGGUGCACUUUAAAACAUGUUUUUAUUGGGCAUUAAUUUAAGAUGCAGUGAACACUCAGCAUACUAGUUAGGAUUUGUAAUAUUUUUUUUUUCAUCUCGAAUUAAGUCCUGAGCACAAGCUUCCCCGUGUGACGAUAAAUGCACAGUCCACAUGCAGUUGGGUUACAAUUGUAGAACAGAGACCCCCUGUGGCAAUGAAAAGGCACUACAAUAGGAUUUUAUUAUUAUUUAUUCUAUCUACACACUUACCAGCCAGUCUACCUCAGUUCAAUGAGCAAUGCACUGCUGGUCAGUGAGUAACAACAACAAAAACUGUACACAAUUGAAUAUUUUUAUUUUAUUUUUUUGUUAAACUGGGGUGCUGCUAAAAUGUAUUCAUAGCAUUUUCUAUUUGGCUUAUUUAGUCUUUUAAAAGUAGAUUUUCUUUUUUAUGCUGUGUGCUGCAACUUAAAACAAAAGCAUGGACACUUCCUUCAUCCUUGCUGUACUUUACAUAAUGCCCGAUUGAGCUAUAUUUAUUUUAAACAGUUUCAUAUCUUAUCAGUUUGACAAUCGGCUUCAUUACGCGCACGAAAAUAAGGAAUCGCGCAUAUAAUAGGGAAAAAAUACGAAAGUCUUUGAAAAGCCACAAUCAAAAUGAUUGUAAAACAAUGACGAGAUUGUGGCAUGGAAGCAUUGCCAUUAAUGGAUGAAAAAAAGUAACUCGUGGUCCAAUGAUUCAAAACAGAUCCUCUCUCUUUAGCAAAACAAGACGAAGGUAUUAUGUAAAUGUGCGUCACUCUUCAAAUUUUUGCCCUGCAAGUAUUAUUAUACAUUAUAUAACAUGUUUUGUCUGCUUAAUCAAGCAGGAUUUAUUUGGGUGAUUGCAAGGGAACUGUAUUAUGGCAGUGUAUUUUUUUUUUUUAUUUAUUUAUUCACCCCCCCCCCCCCAAGUAACUGCCCAAGAGAAAAUGUGCAAUAGUAAUGUGUGGUGCAUCAAUAAGAGGAAAUGAUUGCAGGUCUUGAAAAGAAUAAUAAUAAUAAAUAGUAACAAUAUGAAGGUCAUUACAUUGUUGUGUGUGGGUAUUCCCCUGCCAAACAACCAUUGAUGGACUUUACCACUGGUUUCAAGAAUGACAUACCUGUAUUUGUCUAAAAGAGCAAAUGUGACGAACCAUCACGUUCUCAUUGGACCAAAGCAAAUGUAUGUGACACCUUGUAUUCUCGUACCUUGGUGGACUUUGCUCGUCCUGGAACUAUCAAUGGGCAGAAAGACAAGACGGAAACGCAUUGGCUUCUUUUGCUGCUGACUUGGUUGCCAUCUUGGUCUUCUUCGCAGAGGGAGAGUCGUGGCACCAGGGGCCUCCUCUGAGCUGUCACUUUUGUGCCUGAACGGAAUGUUGAUAUUUCUUCCAGCUCCUCGCCUUCAUGGAUGUGUCCAUUGACAUUUACUCUUUUAACAGUUUUGUUCCUAACCAAUCAUAUUAACUUUGGAUACUACAAAGGGACGCCCGCAAAGAAAUGCAACUUAUGCUAACCUGGUGAAUUUACAGGAGAACUAAACCCAUUUUUUUUUUCCCCCAAAAAAUAAUGUAUGUGCCACUUCUAGUCUAAACACGAUAUUCUGAUUAAUAUUUUGUUUGUGGAAUAAGAAAGAGAUGAAUUCAUCAGUUUUCAUCGAUCUGUUGGAGCAAACACGUUGGGCAAUAUCGGCUUCUGCUGUCGACCAAAAUGAACAUCACAACUUGCUCUCGUGCUUGACUUGCUUUGCCGACAACACGUGACCAAAUCUGAAAAACAGGUUAGCGGAUUCCCCGUGUGUGCUGCGAUAACUAUCACAAACUAAGGGUUUGACUACAGUUACCCCCUGCUGGUAAGUUUCCCUCUUUGUGUCUCAUCCUCCUCCCUUGACACCGCCUGGUGCAGAAUGAUCAAGAUAUUUGGGGGAGUGUACAUUUUGUCUGAUUAGAUGGUUUAGCUGAAGGUGUGACUUGAAGACUGAAGUCGAGAGCAGGACUUAGGUAGAAACAAGGCGGUGUAGCUAAUAGAUUUUAGUCGUUAAUUUUGAAAAAAAAGAAAAAUUGAAGAGCAAUGUUAAUGUCCAACUAUUUCCAAUCUAUUUUCAUUGAUAACGUUUUGAAAGUUGCUCACUACCACACAUUUGUUCCUCAGAAACAAAUCAAAUGUGUUAACACGGAAGCCAUUCGUUGGUAUUCUAUUGGUUGACACAGCAAGUCAUUGCCUCACUCACGACUGUCCUGUGACAGGCCAUCAACGCAAGGUGUAGUCAAAAGUCAGCUGGGGUAGGCUCUUAACUUCCUGGGGGAGUCGUGGUGACGCUGAAAAGGAUCAAUGGAAAAUGGAAAGAUGUCGUUAACGAGGCGGCAGCAUUUUGCAGCCUCACUCUGCGAACACAGGAUAAUUGGACGACCGAUUCGUGCAUGUGAAUAGCUUGUAUUGUCACGUGUAUACAGUAGCCCUAAGGGUGUGGGAAUGUUGAGACAACGUUGAACGCAAAAGCGACAUUUUUAGAUGUAAUCAAAAGAGACUGAAAUGGAUUUAAGUCUGUUGAAUGGAGUAUCGGUAAUUGUUGAUGGUAGAGUAUGUUAGUAUGAGGAAAAGUGUCAUAAGAAGCUACGUGUGCAGCAGUGUAGACUAGGAAAUACAUAGGAGGGGGUGUUUUGUAAGUUUUUAACAAAUGCACAUUUUUGUUUGUAGGAAAAAGGUGCAAGUAAAGCUUUAGGGUAAAUUAUCAAGCAUGGUGCCUUUGAAAAGAAAUUCCCCCAGCUUGCAUGAUUCAUGUCAAAUGUGAAAACAUCCAGUCCCAGUCUUCACUGGUUUGCUGUGCCAGCGGCCAGCAGCAAGAACGGUCUGCGUGUUUCAUCAAGGAUAGUGUUGUGUUCUUCUGCCUCUUGUACCAUUAAGAGCUCAGCAAUAUUUUGGUCUAAGUAGUGAGCUGUCAAAUGUGUCCGAUAUUGAGUGACAGUUGGAAAGUGGAUACUAUUGCAUUUUUAGAAUAACAAAACUUACUGAUGGCACAGACCUUUGGUUAUGAAUUCUGAUAACAUAAUCGCACAACGACUUGGAAACUCCUCAAACUUUGGCUGAAGGCUCGAUGUAUUUGUCAAUGUCAACGAAUCAUCCAGUGGCGAGUCAUCAGGCGACAAAGCAACAAACGAUCCGUUUUAUAUCUUCUAACCCUUCGAUGAGGAAAGUAAAACCGAAGCAAAUAGUGGCCCCUUAUGAUUGGAAACAUUCUGCACUUGUGCAUUCCUUUUGGAAAUGCCAUUUUCUUAUCUACCGUUUCAGACAAGUCCUUUGCCUUUUUUGUAUCUUGUAAAUGUUUACAUUUUAUCUCGCAUUGCCCAAAAGAAAAACAAUAUUAAAUGUGUUAUCUUGGUUGUU